AUGCAGCUAACCGGCGGCCUACAGUCAACCGGCGCCCUAGAGCCAGCUGGUGCCCAGCAGCCAGCUGGCGACCUGCAGCCAGCCGGAGACCUACAGCCAGCCGGCGCCCUGCAUCCAGCCGGCGCCCAGGAGCCAGCCGGCGCCCUGCAGCCAGCCGGCGCUCUGCAGCCAGCCAGCGCCCUGCAGCCAGCUGGCGCCCUACAGCCAGCCGGCGCCCUGCCGCCAGCCAGCGCCCUGCAGCUUGCCAGCGCCCUGCAGCCAGCCAGCGCCCUACAGCCAGCUGUCGCCCAGGAGCCAACCAGGCGCCCAGCAGCCUGCUGGCUCCCAGCAGCCAGCUGGUGCCCAGCAGCCAGCCGGCGCCCUGCAGCCAGCCGGCGCCCUGCAGCCAGCCGGCGCCCUGCAGCCAACCGGCGCCUUACAACCAGCCGGCGCCCUGCGGCCAGCCGGCUCCCAGCAGCCAGCCGGCGCCCAGCAUCCAACCUGGCGCCCAGCAGCCAGCUGGCGCCCAGCAGCCAGCUGGUGCCCUACAGCCAGCCGGCGCCCUGCAGCCAGCCGGAGCCCUGCAGCCAGCCGGCGCCCUCCAGCCAGCCAGCGCCCUGCAGCCAGCCAGCGCCCUACAGCCAGCCGGCCCCCAGGAGCCAACCAGGCGCCCAGCAGCCAGCUGGCGCCCAGCAGCCAGCUGGUGCCCAGCAGCCAGCCGGCGCCCAGCAGCCAGCCAGCGCCCUGCAGCCAGCCAGCGCCCUGCAGCCAGCCGGCGCCCAACAGCCAGUUGGCGCCCAGCAGCCAGCCAGCGCCCUGCACACGAGCCGGCGCCCUACAGCCAGCCGGCGCUCAGGAGCCAACAGGGCGCCCAGCAGCCAGCUGGCGCCCAGCAGCCAGCUGGUGCCCAGCAGCCAGCCGGCGCCCUGCAGCCAGCCGGCGCCCUGCAGCCAGCCAGCGCCCUACAGCCAGCCGGCGCCCAGGAGCCAACCAGGCGCCCAGGAGCCAGAUGGCGCCCAGCAGACAGCUGGUGCCCAGCAGCCAUCCGGCGCCCAGGAGCCAGCCGGCGCCCUGCAGCCAGCCGGCGCUCUGCAGCCAGCCAGCGCCCUGCAGCCAGCCGGCGCCCUACAGCCAGCCGGCGCCCUACAGCCAGUCGGCGCCCAGCAGCCAGCCAGCGCCCUGCAGCCAGCCAGCGCCAUACAGCCAGCCGGCGCUCAGGAGCCAACAGGGCGCCCAGCAGCCAGCUGGCGCCCAGCAGCCAGCUGGUGCCCAGCAGCCAGCCGGCGCCCUGCAGCCAGCCGGCGCCCUGCAGCCAGCCAGCGCCCUACAGCCAGCCGGCGCCCAGGAGCCAACCAGGCGCCCAGCAGCCAGCUGGCGCCCAGCAGACAGCUGGUGCCCAGUAGCCAGCCGGCACCCUGCAGCCAGCCGGCGCCGUGGAGCCAACCGGCGGCCUACAGCCAACCGGCGCCCUUCAGCCAGCCAGCGCCCUGCAGCCAGCUAUCGCCCUGCAGCCAGCCGGCGCACUCCAGCCAACCGGCGCUCUACAGACAACCGGCGCCCUACAGCCAGCCGGCGCUCUGCAGCCAACCAGCGGCCUACAGCCAGCUGGCGCCCUGCAACCAGCCGGCGCUGUGCAGCCAGCUGGCGCCCUCCUGCCAACCGGCGCCCUACAGCCAGCCGACGCCCAGGAGCCAGCCGGCGCCCUGCAGCCAGCCAGCGCCCUGCAGCCAGUCAGCGCCCUGCAGCCAGCCAGCGCCCUACAGCCAGCCGGCCCCCAGGAGGCAACCAGGCGCCCAGCAGCCAGCUGGCGCCCAGCAGCCAGCUGGUGCCCAGCAGCCAGCCGGCGCCCAGCAGCCAGCCGGCGCCCUGCAGGCAUCCGGCGCCCAGCAGCCAGCCGGAGCCCUGCAGCCAGCCAGCGCCCUGCAGCCAGCCAGCGCCCAGCAGCCAGCCAGCGCCCUGCAGCCAGCCGGCGCCCUACACCAGCGCCCUACAGCCAGCCAGCGCUCAGGAGCCAACCAGGCGCCCAGCAGCCAGCUGGCGCCCAGCAGCCAGCUGGUGCCCAGCAGCCAGCCGGCGCCCUGCAGCCAGCCGGCGCCCUGCAGCCAGCCAGCGCCCUACAGCCAGCCGGCGCCCAAUAGCCAACCAGGCGCCCAGCAGCCAGCUGGCGCCCAGCAGACAGCUGGUGCCCAGCAGCCAACCAGGCGCCCAGCAGCCAGCUGUGCCCAGCAGACAGCUGGUGCCCAGCAGCCAUCCGGCGCCCUGCAGCCAGCCGGCGCCCUGCAGCUAACCGGCGGCCUACAGUCAACCGGCGCCCUAGAGCCAGCUGGUGCCCAGCAGCCAGCUGGCGACCUGCAGCCAGCCGGCGACCUACAGCCAGCCGGCGCCCUGCAUCCAGCCGGCGCCCAGGAGCCAGCCGGCGCCCUGCAGUCAGCCGGCGCUCUGCAGCCAGCCAGCGCCCUGCAGCCAGCCGGCGCCCUACAGCCUGCCGGCGCCCUGCCGCCAGCCAGAGCACUGCAGCCAGCCAGCGCCCUGCAGCCAGCCAGCGCCCUACAGACAACCGGCGCCCUACAGCCAGCCGGCGCUCUGCAGCCAGCUGGCGCCCUGCAGCCAACUGGCGCCCUACUGCCAGCCUUCGCCUUGCAGCCAGCUGGCGCCCUGCAGCCAGCCAGCGCCCUGCAACCAGCUGGCGCCCUGCAGCCAACCAGGCGCCCAGCAGCCAGCUGGCGCCCAGCAGCCAGCUGGCGCCCAGGAGCCAACCAGGCGCCCAGCAGCCAGCUGGCUCCCAGAAGCCAGCUGGUGCCCAGCAGCCAGCCGGCGCCCUGCAGCCAGCCGGCGCCGUGGAGCCAACCGGCAGCCUACAGCCAACCGGCGCCCUUCAGCCAGCCAGCGCCCUGCAGCCAGCUGGCGCCCUGCAGCCAGCCGGCGCCCUCCAGCCAACCGGCGCUCUACAGACAACCGGCGCCCUACAGCCAGCCGGCGCUCUGCAGCCAGCCGGCGCCCUGCAGCCAACCAGCGGCCUACAGUCAGCUGGCGCCCUGCAACCAGCCGGCGCUGUGCAGCCAGCUGGCGCCCUCCUUCCAACCGGCGCCCUACAGCCAGCCGACGCCCAGGAGCCAGCCGGCGCCCUGCAGCCAGCCAGCGCCCUGCAGCCAGUCAGCGCCCAACAGCCAGCCAGCGCCCUACAGCCAGCCGGCCCCCAGGAGGCAACCAGGCGCCCAGCAGCCAGCUGGCGCCCAGCAACCAGCUGGUGCCCAGCAGCCAGCCGGCGCCCAGCAGCCAGCCGGCGCCCUGCAGGCAUCCGGCGCCCAGCAGCCAGCCGGAGCCCUGCAGCCAGCCAGCGCCCUGCAGCCAGCCAGCGCCCAGCAGCCGGCCAGCGCCCUGCAGCCAGCCGGCGCCCUACACCAGCGCCCUACAGCCAGCCAGCGCUCAGGAGCCAACCAGGCGCCCAGCAGCCAGCUGGCGCCCAGCAGCCAGCUGGUGCCCAGCAGCCAGCCGGCGCCCUGCAGCCAGCCGGCGCCCUGCAGCCAGCCAGCGCCCUACAGCCAGCCGGCGCCCAAUAGCCAACCAGGCGCCCAGCAGCCAGCUGGCGCCCAGCAGACAGCUGGUGCCCAGCAGCCAACCAGGCGCCCAGCAGCCAGCUGUGCCCAGCAGACAGCUGGUGCCCAGCAGCAAUCCGGCGCCCUGCAGCCAGCCGGCGCCCUGCAGCUAACCGGCGGCCUACAGUCAACCGGCACCCUAGAGCCAGCUGGUGCCCAGCAGCCAGCUGGCGACCUGCAGCCAGCCGGCGACCUACAGCCAGCCGGCGCCCUGCAUCCAGCCGGCGCCCAGGAGCCAGCCGGCGCCCUGCAGUCAGCCGGCGCCCUGCAGCCAGCCAGCGCCCUGCAGCCAGCCGGCGCCCUACAGCCAGCCGUCGCCCUGCCGCCAGCCAGAGCCCUGCAGCCAGCCAGCGCCCUGCAGCCAGCCAGCGCCCUACAGCCAGCUGGCGCCCAGGAGCCAACCAGGCGCCCAGCAGCCAGCUGGCUCCCAGAAGCCAGCUGGUGCCCAGCAGCCAGCCAGCGCCCUGCAGCCAGCCGGCGCCCUGCAGCCAGCCGGCGCCCUGCAGCCAACCGGCGCCCUACAGACAACCGGCGCCCUACAGCCAGCCGGCGCUCUGCAGCCAGCUGGCGCCCUGCAGCCAACCGGCGCCCUACUGCCAGCCUUCGCCUUGCAGCCAGCUGGCGCCCUGCAGCCAGCCAGCGCCCUGCAACCAGCCGGCGCCCUGCAGCCAACCAGGCGCCCAGCAGCCAGCUGGCGCCCAGCAGCCAGCUGGCGCCCAGGAGCCAACCAGGCGCCCAGCAGGCAGCUGGCUCCCAGAAGCCAGCUGGUGCCCAGCAGCCAGCCGGCGCCCUGCAGCCAGCCGGCGCCCUGCAGCCAGCUGGCGCCCUGCAGCCAACCGGCGCCCUACAGACAACCGGCGCCCUACAGCCAGCCGGCGCUCUGCAGCCAGCUGGCGCCCUGCAGCCAACCGGCGCCCUACUGCCAGCCUUCGCCUUGCAGCCAGCUGGCGCCCUGCAGCCAGCCAGCGCCCUGCAACCAGCCGGCGCCCUGCAGCCAACCAGGCACCCAGCAGCCAGCUGGCGCCCAGCAGCCAGCUGGCGCCCAGGAGCCAACCAGGCGCCCAGCAGCCAGCUGGCUCCCAGAAGCCAGCUGGUGCCCAGCAGCCAGCCGGCGCCCUGCAGCCAGCCGGCGCCCUGCAGCCAGCCGGCUCCCAGCAGCCAGCUGGCGCCCAGCAGCCAGCCGGCGCCCAGCAUCCAGCCAGCGCCCAGCAGCCAGCCGGCGCCCUGCAGCCAGCCAGCGCCCUGGAACCAACCGGCGCCCUACAGCCAACCGGCGUCCUACAGCCAGCUGGCGCCCUGCAGCCAGCCGUCGCCCAGCAGCCAGCUGGCGCACAGCAGCCAGCUGGCGCACAGCAUCCAGCCAGCGCCCAGCAUCCAGCCAGCGUCCAUUAGCGUUCAGCAGCCAGCAGUGUCUAGCAACCAGCAGCAGCAGUGUCCCCACUGGCUGGCCUGCCUGGUCGCCUCCCCCGCCAGCAGCAGGAGACCACAGAAAUUGGUUAUGUCACCAAGUGCUUUGGUUUUCGACGAGUUCGCGUUUAUGGCAGACAAAAAUAAUCCCAAUGAAACUGAGGACACAUUGCCAGUAGUCAGUCUGCGCUGCAUCCACAAAACAAAAUCAGACAAUGCUGGAGAAAGCAUUCCAGAUCUUGAAAUCGAGUGGAACAGUGCCCAGAGGCCGCUACUUUCAUGUGGCCAACAUAUUGCGCUACUUUCAUGUGGUCAACAUAUUGCCAAUGAGCUGAGGAAAUACGAUUCACAUACCUCAGCACAAAAUCAUGCGAUUAAUGACGCAAUUUUUUAUGCUGAUAUGGGAAAACAUUCGUACAAUUACGUCGUCGAAAAUUACACGGGAGAUGGCGCGCGCACCAGUAAAAGUCGUUCCUCAUGUUUCUGCAACGAACUAUGA